UUUUAUUAGCCUCUUUAUAAAUUCUGCUGUUACAAUACAAUUGAUUAGUCCACUGUGCAAAUAUCUGGACAAGUUCUUGAACACAGCUAAAGUAUUUCUGACUUAGUAUUUCUACACCCAUCCUACUCCAGGCUUAGGCAUAGCAGUCUAAGCUCAGAUGAUGACAAGAUCGGCAGUCUGUGCUUCUGUUGUUUUCACGGCCUCAACAAACCUGUCUGACAUAAUACUGCUGAUGCCUUACCCUCCUCGUCGGUCUCUUGGCUACCGGUUUAUUUAACUAUUUACCACUUUGACCAAGUCUAUUCGACCAUGCACGAGUCGAUUCGACCACCAAGUACAAAAGUUACUAUCCAGUGUCAUGGACAUUCGUUGAUAGUUGCGAUCUCGACCUCGUUUGGAGACGACUUCCAGACUGCCAUCGCAGAGGAUUUGUUGUUCGUGCGUGGGACUAGACUGCGCAUGUGCGAGAUUCAGGUUCCGGCCACGAACGAUAAACACGAAGUUGGAUGUCGUUGGCGCUACUUUGUUGGCAGACAAUAUUUCCGCGGACAAGUUGAGUGGAGAGAGAGAGAGAGAACACGUGAUGAUACGUCAUAAAACACGUCAUAAGACACGUCAUACAACACCUGACGUCAGCUUUACCUGGACAUCACUGAUGUCUGGCUGCAGACGAGUUUUCACUGUAAAGGUUUCAUGUCUGAGACUUGUGACAUUCAUGUCGAAAUGUUCAAAGACCGGUGAAUGGCAGUCAUGCUGAUAACCGACUGGAGCAUGUCACAGCAAAGACAUUAUCACGUCUGCAAGAGGCUCUUGGCGUUACAGCACAAGCACAAGUUUUAAAAAAACAGCUGAGGUACUUCUUGCCACAUCAAGUUCACAGAAGAUUCUCGAUGUGAUACUGCCUCCCUCCAGCGAUCAGUCCUUUUUUCUGUUCAAAUGGAAUCCUCGGUUGGUGUUCCCCGUGUGACUAUAGCCAGCCACACAGACUCUAUUACUUCAGCUGAAUUGAUGCCUACAGGCAUUGCAAGCCCUCCCUGGUACAUAAUUAUCCAAGAGAAGAUGUCCGAGAAGUUUAGAAGAUGGGGGAUAUUUGUAGGGCAUAAUCCUGCAUUGUUUAUCUUGCUACCUUCAAUGAUAUGUGGGGGCCUUAGCUGUGGAAUUUUCCUCCUUGAGUCAGAGACAAACAUUGAGAAUUUGUAUUUCCCAAACCCCAGUACCGCUCUCACGCACCGCCAGAGAGUCAGAGACUUGUUCCCAAAUGUUAACCACAUGGCCUUUGACACAUUUGCUCAGAGUGAUAUGCUCAUUGUAGCAACACUGUUGUUCAAGGCUCAUGACAACAAAGAUGUUUUUCAGGAAGAGUCUGUCAGUGAAAUUCGGAGCAUUAUUCAGAAAAUAAAGGAUAUUACUAUACAGAAGGACUCGCAAAACCAAUCGUUAGAAAACCUCUGUGCAAGGCGAAAUUCCACUUGCGUUAUUAAUGGAGAAUUCUUCCUCUCACCUUCAAUACAAAAAAGGCUGAAGGAUGGUUUAAUCACUUAUCCGUUUUCUACUAUACCUGGACGCGCAGAGCGGGUUGAUCUGUCGUCAUUUAUUGGACAACCUACAAUCAAACCUCCAAACAUCCUUACUGCAGCAAAGGUGCUGAGACUAACAUUUUUUCUGAAGGAAGAAUCCAGUGAAUGGGACGAUAGCUUUCUGUCCACUGCAGCAGCCAUUCAACCCCAAAACACGACUAUGUCCUACGGAGCUCCCUCAUCCCUCAGCGAAGAACUUUAUAAAGGAACCAUCGGAGACGUCAAGCUUUUUGUUAUGACCUUUGUCGUCAGUAUCAUCUUUGUGUCCCUGGUGUCAAGUGGAGGAGACAUGGUGUCCACCAGGACGGUGCUAGCUAACUGUGGUGUGAUGAUCGCAGGACUGUCCAUCGUGACUUCCUUGGGAUUUGUCGCUCUGUUCGGUGUCAAGUUCGUUAGCCUUGCUGGUGUUAUGCCUUUCCUGCUCAUAGGUAUUGGCGUGGACGACAUGUUUCUGUUGAUGGUGUCGUGGAGCGAGACUCUUGAGGACAUGGGCUUAAGUGUUCCAGAACGACUGGGGGCCACAUUUGCUCACGCUGGAAUCAGCAUGACUAUAACCUCAAUAACCGACUUUGCGAGUUUUGUCAUUGGAACAAAGUCAAAAUUUGGCUGCAUCGUAAACUUCGCCAUAUUCACAGCUGUUGCUGUCAUGGUCUGCUACCUAUUACAAAUUACUGUCUUCGGCGGGUGCCUUACUUUGCAUGGAAUGCGCGUUUACUCACAACGCCAUUUCCUGACGUACAGACGGACCAAGCCCAGGAAGGAACUAGAAGAAGAGGGAAUGUCCCGGUGUGGAGCUCUGUUAUGUGGAGGCGAAACUCCAUCCACAUAUCGAGGCGACGAAAGUAUGUGUGAAAAAUUGCCUCGCCUGCUUUUGCAUAAGCUUUUCGCCCAUUACUUCGUGUCCAUCGCAAUCGUCAUCUGCUUUAUGGCUUACCUCGCUGUGUCCAUUUACGGAGCGAUUCACUUACCCCAAGGGUUAAUCAUAUCCGACCUAGUCCCUCCAUCUUCUUACUACCAUGCCUUCUUGGCUGAUCAGCAUAAAUAUUUUUCGUCAUCACUGGCUAUCUCGUUCGUCGUCUCGGGAGACUACAAAGAUGGCUACGAGACUCUGAUGGAAAACCUGUUGAAAAAAGCUCAAGAGGACAAGAUGAUUCAGUUUGACUACAAGCGGUGCUGGCUGAGUGACUACGUCCUGCAGCCGUACUUCUCCAAAGAGUCCUUCAUGUCCAACCUGGCCACUCGGUUCUUGCCCGCAAACUCGCGGUACUACACAGACGUAGUGCUGGACUUUACCAACUCCUCUAUCACUGCCUCCAGAUGCUACGUGCUAUCCAAGCCCAUGAAGAACCAGUACGAGAUGGCCGACCUGAUGGUCAGAAUGCGGAAGAUUGCAGACAGCUCCAAACUACCAGUCUUCCCUUUUCACCCGAGUUUUCCUGUAUUUGAGCAAUUCCUGGAGAUCUUACCAGCUACACUAGAGCUCAUGGGAAUAGCUUUGGCAGUAAUUACUGUCGCCUGCGCGAUCUUUCUCCCGCAUCCCUUGAUGGUUGUCUUGGUAACCAUCACCGUUGCCAUGAUCCUCGUGGGCAUCUUCGGCUUCAUGUACUACUGGGACACUGCCCUGUCUUCCAUCACCAUGAUCCACCUCGUCAUGAGCGUCGGCUUCUCCGUGGACUUCUCUACGCAUGUCUGCUCCGCCUAUCUCCAGAGCCCUUCCAAUACUCGCGGAGAGCGUGUUCGCUACGCCAUCAGUCACGCGGCCAGUCCUAUUUUUAACGGCGGAAGUUCCUCGCUUCUGGGCGUCUGCCUUCUGUCGUUCUCAGACUCCUACAUCUUCGUCUCCUUCUUCAGGAUCAUGGUGCUGGUCAUCGGCUUUGGUAUGCUGCACGCCGUCCUCUUCCUGCCAGCGGUGCUGUCGCUGAUUGGUCCAGAAGACAAGUCUGUGUUCACGGUGAGGAGGAUGUCAAGGAAAUCAUUCGGCGCAAGGGGGUCUGUAGGUACAGUCUGAGGAGCUUUGCAUUCGAAGAACAUUCAACGCAGUAUAGCGAAGCAUCGCUACUUCAGGCUUGUGAAAUCUACCAAAGUUUCCUUGCUUCAUUCACACACUCUCUCUCUCUGUCUGGAAGAUAUCCAUAUAUACGCUUCCUUCACUCUGUCUUUCAUGUGGACAACUCUUUCGAGGGCAUUAACGAAAUAUACAGAAAAAGAGAGAGAGUUUUUAUUAACAUCCAAACAGUUCUUUGUCAGCAUUUACAAUGAUGCCUCUAUUGUUACUCCUAUUAUUUUGGAAAAAGAUUUUGUACGCAAUUUUUUAUAAUGAUUUUAUUUGCGCGCUUUUCAUCGAUGUGGGUGAGGGAGACAACAGCUACGACUAUUAUAAGUUAAACUUUCCAAAUGGAGUUGCGUUUCUUGAGUAGCAAAAUGUGGGAGGGUUAAAACAUAAAGACGAUCCUUGAAAAAGAACCAUUACAACUGACCACAAAACUAUCUAGAUGUUAUUAUAAAAUAAUAAAAUGAAUUCCAGAUUAUGUUUUCUUUUUUUUUACUUAGUGAUUCAGGAUUUGGGUGAUUUUAUAUUAUUACAAAACUUCACAAUUUACCGCCCUCUACCGAUUUCAACAAUGUUAUACACAUAUAUUGUACAUAUGCUUAAGUUUGAAAAUGUUUUACAAAGUCUAGGAUAUCCGUGUUGAUGUAUGUUCAAAUAAUAUAUUUUAAAAUAUAUACAAAACCAUCAUUUAUGUUUCUACGAAUAUCAACGUAACUGCUGAGGAAAGAAUUUCGCAUAUUAAAGUGAUAGUGUAAGCUAAAUACUAUAAUUAUUAUUAUCUCAUUCAUUUAUCAAAAGCAUAAUUUCUAACCGGAAUGUGCGACAUUGACAACAAAAUCAGUAAAGAAAAA